AUGUUGCUGCUCUUCCGACGUGGAGUUUCUGGAGGGGAUUUCCAGCAAAGAGCCUUGAUAAAGCGAAUAGCUAUCAGCUCGCUACUUGGAUGUCGCUUACUUCAACAUUUACAUAUAAAAGUUGGAGACAAAGCUGAGCUUGCCAAAGCUUUUACACAGAAUGAUGUUAUUACUUUUUCUGAUUUAACAGGUGACACAAAUCCUUUACAUUUAAAUGAAGAUUUUGCAAAGAAGUCUAGGUUUGGGAGAACUGUUGUACAUGGAAUUUUGAUUAAUGGACUCAUUUCUGCAGUUCUAGGUACUAAAAUGCCUGGCCAUGGUUGUAUAUUUCUUUCUCAGGAAAUCCGAUUUUCAGCUCCUUUAUAUGUUGGAGAAGAAGUUGUAGCUGCAGCAGAAGUUAAACAACUGCAGAAGUCUGUUGCACACAUUGCUGUAUCGUGUACAGUCAGAGAAAGUGGAAAGACUGUUGUGGAAGGGAUGGUGAAAGUCUUGGUAGCAGAAAGUUAGAGCUUUUCAUACUACGCUACUUUAUAGUAAAGGACAAAAAUGUAUGCUUGGUUUUGACUGUUUUUUUACGUGACAUUACUUAAUCCAGUUAGUUUGCAACAAAACUUUCAAAGUGUUGCAAAGACAAUGUACAAACUGAAUGUACAAACUGAUAGCAACUGCGUUAAGAAACUCCCAAAUUUUAUUAAAGUCUGACAAAACUGACAACGUUCAGACAAGCCUUUGCUCUGCUACAGUGGAAAGUCUGCAGUGAUGGGCUCAUAUUGCGGUUAUUCUUUUGGACAGAAACUCUUUUGGGGGAAAAUCCAGACUAGUUAAGGUCAAACUAUUUCGUGGUUUACAGAAGAGUUAUAUUGCUAAUAAAAAUCUGCGUAAGGGGACAGUGUUCUAUCUUUAACAAGCAGAACAAACAGAGGAAAAAGGGUAUUGACACACAUACUGCAGGCUUCCUUCAUGUAAUAUACAUCCCAAUUCUGGCUGAUAAUGCUGCAGUGUGUUAUUUUGCGGCACUCUAGCUAAUAGCCUUUGUUAGCUCUGUAAAUAAGCAGUAGUCAUCCUUAACAUAAACAAUAUACUCUUCCUGAUGUAUCUUGAGAUGUGGCACUUAAAAUACUUUCAAAUUCUUCAGUUGUCUUACAAAACCUGAUUAUAAACAAACCAAGAAAAUCACAAUAAAUGCAAAUUACCAUGGAAAUUUGCCUCCCAGAAGUGUAGCUGAGUGAAGGAAGGUCUAUAAAAAAGCCAUGUUGUCACUGCUUCUACCAUAGUGAGUGUUUAUCUCCUGUGUGCAAGGCAAGUAGGUGCAAAAUUAGUUGAGUACUAACCUUCUGGCUUCUCUCUGCUUAUUUACCUGUAUGAACAUGUAUUCAUUCCCCUUUGCCCAUUAAAAGUACCUUGGCUGCUGGUACA